AAUGAUGCAUUUAAUUUUUAGUUUAAAUCGAAGUUAGCAAGUUAGGGUUAUUUUUUAAUUUUUAAAUUACGUUUGUUAUUGAUAACAUUCAAAAAUGGAAGAUGAGUAUAUGGCGAGAAGUGAAGAAGCAGAAGUACAAAAUGAUGGAGGAAGUAAUAACGGGAAUGGAAGCACUGCAAGCCAUAGUAGUGAAGAAUUUGUCAAAGUAAAUGAUGAGGAUGCGACUCUUGAUGAGGGUGCAGGUGAUAUACCUAGAGAAGAUAUUGAAGAACUUCCAGUGCAUACUGAAACACCAGCUGAAGGAAGAUUGAUUGAUAAAAUUGACCCAAGAGCUACCGAAACGGGAAGUAUGUCAUCUGAAAGUUACCUCAGAGAUUACUACGAGCAACUCCCUUCCGAAACAGCUGGAUUUGGAGAGGGAGAAACUGGCGAUUUGUUGGGACACUCUCAGCCGCAGUCUGAUCCCACGUCAAUAUUACAACCACAAAGUGCGUCAACGUAUGAAAGUAAUUCGGCUGCUGAAGUUGAUGGAAGCCUCGCUUCAGAAUUGAGCUUAAGUGGCGGUCUAGCUUCUUUUGAACCUACACCCGCUGCAAGUUUCGAACCACGUGAAACAUACAAUUUGUCCGAUAUGAAUUCGAAACCUCAACUGCAGGAUAGUGAUAUUUUGGAAGAUAGGGCUUUUAAAGAAGAACCGCAGCCACAAGACUGUGAAAAAUCAGAAGUAGACAUGUCUUCUGAACAAGAACAUCAACAGGAACCUGCUGUUACUGAGAUUGAGGGAGGAGAGCCUGAUGAACCAAAGUUCCAACAAGAGGCUGAACCACAAAUGAUGGUGCAGCCUGAAGUCAAAUCUGAAGAGUAUGAGGAAGACAUUCAGCAAGAUGUACAUGAACCUGUACCAUCCGCUGAUAUAAAAGAUGAAAAGGUGCCUGAUAUCCCUGCACCAGCUGUUGAGGAAAUUGAGCCAAAGAAAGAACCAUCGGUUCCUCUAAUGUCUCAUGUUCCAGCGUCAGUUGUGGAUUUGAUCUACUGGCGCGAUGUGAAGAAGACUGCGUUUGUGUUCACGUUUCUCCUUUUGAUUUUGGUAUCGCUCGUGUGUUAUAGCGUCAUUUCUGUAGCAGCAUAUGCUGGCCUUGCACUUCUUACUGUUACUGUGGCAUUCAGAUUGUACAAAAUUGUACUGCAGACACUAAAUGGCACUCAACAACCACAUCCAUUUCAAGAUCUUCUUGAUAUGGAUGUGACUCUGUCACAAGAUCGAAUUCAGAAAUACACAAACUCAGCCCUCUGUCACAUCAAUUGCUGUCUGACGGGAGCUCGUAACUUGUUCCUUGUCCAGAACACUAUCAGCUCUCUGAAGCUUGGAGUUUUCCUAUGGUUACUAACAUACCUGGGAGCAUGUUUCAAUGGCCUAACCCUCCUUAUCAUCGAUGUGAUUCUUGUUUUCACGGUACCAAUAUUCUAUGAAAAAUACCAAACCCCGAUUGACAACUACUUAGGAAUCGCUAAAUCCAAGAUUACUGAGCUGACCGCCACCGUCAAAGCUAAGCUUCCCCGAGCGAAGAAAGCUCAAAAAGAAAAGGCACAAUGAGUUUGUCAUGAACUUCCAACUCACAACUUUUUUCUUGAUGCCACUCAUUGCAUUAUCAUUUUUUGUUAUCAAGCCGUCAUAUAUAUUUAUCCCUGAAUUCAAUGAUUUGUAUUAAGAUGUAUGGCGUCACAUAUGUAUAAAAACGUAGCAAACCUUGUUUCAAAUUACCCAUCACCACCAUUCUUGUAUUUUUCGUUGGUAACUGUAUAUUUCCUUAUUUUGUCCUGUUUUUAAAACUACUUGUUUACCUUGUUGUCCCAUUUGUAAAAGUAAUAAAUUAGCAGGUUGAAAGGAUAAUUUCGAUUAACACUGUCAAAAAAUUAAUAAACUUAACAGAGCUAUA